AUGCGCAAUCGCUUCACCUUCAGUCGCAGCACCUCACUUCGAACCCGAGCAUCGACAGUAUCUCGGGAACCAGAAAGCCCUGAAAGUCGACCUCGAUCAGCAACAAACCCGGAGUCUCCCACCUACAAUCUAAUGGAACACAACAAUAGCAUAAACCCCAGCAAAGGCUACGAAUUUACGGACGAGAUUGGCUACUUCCGUCCCGCAUCACCAUUAAUUAAUCGUCAAGAAAUCCACGAAGACGUCGUAGCCGACGUCAAACAUGCAUGUGCCCUGCUCUCCCACAGCAUCGAGCGCGGUAUCCCAGCCGGACUGUCUUACCAGAGCACCAUACCCAACUGGACAGUACCAAACCUGUCAGGGAAACCCAAAUCCAGACCGACAGGAAAACGAAAGCCCGGCAGCCGCAAAGCUGAAAAGCCCACAUCACUGGACCAUCCUGUGCCUGUCCCACCUAUACCCAAACCCAUCGAGCAUGAGCCCGAAACCACCAAAAAGCACGACUCCGGCGUGGGUAUGAACUACGAGUCCCCGAACCAAACAGGAACAGGAAGACCACAUGGGAACAGUACCUCAGGCACCGUCUCCUCAGCUCGCUUCUAUAACAAACAAUCCUCCACAACUUCAGGAUCUCCAUCAGAACACCGGGCCCGGUCCCGAUCCCGAAGCCCUAGUCUGACAGGGAGCAUCCAAUUAGAGCCACAGCAGCUCUCAAUCUCUUCCAGCAAUAUCCCUUCCCAAUACAGUCCCCAAAAUUCCCAGUCUGCAUCCACAGAUCCCACCCUCGACAGUCCCGUCAGCCCCCUCAACGAAGCAGACAAACAACUCCAAGCCCUCGAAACAAAAUUAAAAUCCAAAUCCCAAAAUACAAACCAAAACCCAAACCAAAAAUCAACCCCCAUCUCCCCCUCAGUCCCCAAUCUCAGCUCAGCACCCAGAACCUGGCCCAGCGCAGCAAAUAUCAAAAACCCCCCGACUAAAACCUCCCAAGAAACCAAAGAGAACAAGAAAGCCAAAACAUCCAGCCGCUUCUACAGCGGCAGCAACGCCACGACCUCAGCAUUUGAUUCUCGGGAGUGGCUGACGAAGACAUUCUGGGAAGAUCGGUACAGCGUAUAUGGGGAAUCGACACUAUCGCUUGGAAUGAGUGGAACGGCAUCGAGGCGUGGAUCUGGGACGCCGCGGAUGGGGAGUGUUUCUACGACUGAGGAGACGAAUUAUCCAUAUGGGACUUGGGCUGCGACGAGGGGGAUGUCGUAUUCUUCGACUUGUUUGGCGGAUGAGUUUAAGCAUCAGGAGAAUGUUUAUUCUUGUGUUGUGCAACCGAGGAUGAGUGAGGUGCCGCGGGGACGGAGGGAGAAGGCUUCGUUGUUGUUGAGGAAGUUGGCUGGGUUGAGGAUGGGGAGGAGGGAGAGGGAGAGGGAGGUUGAGGUUUGA